GAGUAUUCCUUAAUUCUAUGGCUACUUUGGACGUUAUUCCGUUUGAUUCGAGAGACUUGAUAGCAGCCUGGCUGUCAGAACAGAUAGCGGUAGGCCGUUCUGGAGGGUGGAGGUUAUGAGCCACCGAGUCGCAUCCAUUAUGGGGUUGAGCUCUGCUUGAAAGAGGCAGCAAUGGUACGGUAAGCGAAAACUGAGGUUUAGCACGAGUUCAUCAGAAUAAAUCCCGCUACCCACGCUUUUGUUAAGCUUCGAACCAUCUGUACAUAUAGCCGUACACCCUGGGUUCAAGUUCCCUCCAAAAGGCGUCAUAAAUUGAACAAAAAAUUUUGGCGGACUAAAAACAUUCGGCGUAUGAUGGCAGCAUUAGUGUGAGCUAUGCACUUUUUGUGCAGCUUAGCAUGUAUGAAGUUCCCGAGCCAGACUGGGAUUCUCAGGAAGUCAUCGCGAUCGUUCCCCUGAAGGAAUUAAAGUUCGAAUUGGAUGAAAAUCUGAGGGUAGAAAUUAAACGAGCAAUGGUGGACUGUGACCGAAGAAGAAAUGACAUUAUCAUUACACAUGAUUGCUUCAACGGAUACGGAAAAGAGGUUAUAAAAAAGUGGAACAUACAUCCCGACUCUUUCAUUCAAGUUGUCAUGCAGUUAGCAUAUGCAAAACUGCACAACGAGAUUGCUUCUACAUAUGAGACAGCCCUUAUGCGUCAAUACUAUAACGGUCGUACAGAAACUUUACGCUCUUGCACCACUGAAGUACAUAAGUUUAUUCAAGUUGCAAACAAUUCAAAAUCUUCAAAUUCAGAAAUAUGUUCUGCCUUUCGAAAUGCCGUUAAUCAUCACAAUCACAUGAUGAAUGAAACGCGCGAAGGAAAUGGAGUGGACAGACAUUUAUUUGGAUUGUGGUGUAUAGCUUACGAAAAUGGAAGGGGUAUACCAGAAUUCUAUGAGGAUCCAUUGUACAUAAAAAGCGGAGGCGCAGGAAACUUUAUUCUUUCUACAAGUACGUUAGGAUAUUCCACUAAUGUGGGAUUUGUGGCUCCAAUGACCUUAGAUGGAUAUGGUGUUUUCUACACCAUUACCUCAGACAAGUACGUUUUAUACCCCUGUUUUACUUAUUUUGUAAAUAUUUAUUCAAGGUUCAUAGAGUACAAGGUUACGACAUUAGCCAUGGCCGCCAUCUUGAUGACGUAGAUGGCUCAAUUUUAGGAGUUGCCAGAUUCCUAAAAAAUUAUCUUAUAAAAAUAUACUAUUUUAGACAAUUUGCGUUGAAGUUUGUGCUUUUUUCUGCGUCUUUGAGUUUAUUUAAAUGAUUAAAAAUUUAAGUGCGCUGUUUUUGAUUGUAAAAAUUACACUGAAAAAGGUAAUUUAGGUUUUACCGUAUGUCUAAAGAUGAAUUGCAAUUUCGGUAGCGAAUUUUCGCCAAUGUUUGAACGCUUUUUAUUUAAAAAUGCGCGAAUGCUUUCUGAUCACUUUCAAGAAUAAAGUCACCAGCAAAUUUCAAUUU